UCAAAUAUUAUAAGUAGUUCAGACUCUUAUUAACUCUCCAUCUCUCUCUGUUUCCCAACUCGUUCUUCACCUUCUCCCACACUUUCCUUAUCUAGUCCAUUAUAUACCGACCCCGCUCCACCUCCACCGCUAGAUUCUCAGCCGUAUCAACGGUCCGAUUUCUCGUCUCUCUUUCUCUCUCGUUGCUAUAUUCAGAUUUCGACCAGAUCUGGUCCCGGGGCUCCAGAAUCCACGCUUUCGGUGAAAUGCUGGUCGAUUUUCUGGUCCAAUCACUGUGAAUUUUGCUUGAACUGAGGCUUCGUUUGGUUUUCCUUGCGAAAAUGGUGAUCGUUGGUCCGAUCACUCCUGGACAGGUUUCCUUUUUGCUUGGAAUAGUACCUGUAAUUGCAGCUUGGAUUUACUCUGAGUUUUUGGAGUACACUAAAAAUCCAGUCCCUGCCAAAGUUAGGCACUCAGAUGUGAACUUGGCCGAAGUGGGGAAUGGCACGGUUAAGGAAGAUGACAGAGCUGUUUUAUUAGAGGGGGGAGGUCUGCAGUCAGCCUCUCCAAAAUCUCGAAGUUCGCCUACUACAUCUCCUAUUUUCAGGUUCCUCUUGAUGGAUGAGUCUUUCUUGAUUGAAAAUCGAUUGACGCUUAGAGCUAUAUCUGAAUUCGGUCUUCUUAUGACAUAUUUUUACUUAUGUGACCGUACGGGUUUCUUUGGUUCAGCAACAAAGAGUUACAAUCGGGACCUCUUCUUAUUUCUCUACUCCCUUCUCAUAAUAGUUUCAGCAAUAACUUCUUUCAAGAUACAUAAUGAUAAGUCACCAUUCUCAGGGAAAUCCAUACUUUAUUUAAAUAGGCAUCAAACUGAAGAGUGGAAAGGUUGGAUGCAGGUACUUUUCCUGAUGUACCAUUACUUUGCUGCGUCAGAAAUCUAUAAUGCGAUCCGAGUUUUCAUUGCUGCAUAUGUGUGGAUGACUGGAUUUGGGAACUUUUCAUAUUAUUAUGUCCGCAAAGAUUUCAGCCUCGCAAGAUUUGCACAGAUGAUGUGGAGGCUUAAUUUCUUGGUAUUAUUUGCCUGCAUUGUGCUUAACAAUAGUUACACGCUAUACUACAUUUGCCCCAUGCACACCCUUUUCACUCUCAUGGUUUAUGGGGCGCUUGGUAUUCUGCACAAGUAUAAUGAGAUUGGGUCAGUCAUUGCUGGAAAAUUCGUUGCUUGCUUCUUGGUAGUUAUCCUAGUAUGGGAAGUGCCUGGAGUGUUUGAAUUGGUUUGGAGCCCACUUACAUUCCUUCUUGGUUAUACUGACCCAAAUCCUUCAAAAUCACAUCUGCCCCUCUUGUAUGAGUGGCAUUUCCGUUCAGGCCUUGAUCGCUACAUAUGGAUAAUUGGGAUGAUAUAUGCUUAUUAUCAUCCAACUGUUGAAAGGUGGAUGGAGAAGCUGGAAGAAACAGAAGCAAAGCGCAGAAUAUCAAUAAAAAUGGCUGUUGCACUGAUAGCUUCAAUGGUGGGAUAUUUGUGGUUCGAGUAUAUAUACAAGCUAGACAAGAUUACUUACAACAAAUACCAUCCAUAUACCUCUUGGAUUCCAAUAACGGUCUACAUAUGUUUGCGGAAUGUCACUCAGCAUUUUCGUAGCUACAGUUUGACGCUUUUUGCAUGGCUUGGAAAGAUAACUCUAGAAACCUACAUCUCACAGAUCCAUAUCUGGUUAAGGUCUGGUAUUCCAGACGGCCAGCCAAAAUUGUUGCUUUCUCUGAUCCCAGACUACCCAUUGUUGAAUUUUAUGCUCACUACUUCCAUAUACGUUGCAAUUUCUUAUAGACUCUUUGAACUGACAAAUACAUUGAAAAUAGCAUUUGUGCCCGGUAAAGACAGCAAGCGCCUUAUGUCCAACACGGUGACUGCAGUAGCAGUCUCAAGCGUUUUAUACUCCUUGUCUUUUGCAUUCCUAAAAGUCCCACGAAUGUUGGUUUGAGCAUUGAAAUGGGUAAAUAUAGUAUACAAGGCCACCGGCUUCUGGAACUGAGUACUUUUUCCACUGCCUGAGUUUUCAUCUCCAUGGCAAAAUCCUAUUGAGAAAUGAAAUCUAAAUUAUAGGAGUGUUUGAUCAGUGUUAACUUGUAAUUAUAUUUCUCAUUUUCUUUUUCUUUUUUUUUAUAAUGGAGCAUUGUGUCCGAAUGACCGCACCUAAUGGCAUUCUCAUCAAAUUAUAUUAGACCAUCACUUUUUUUUUUUAAUGAGUACAUAAAAUUACAACUAAAU